GCUGUAGAAGCCCAAGACAGUAUAAAUACCAGCAACGCGAACAUUCUUCACUUAUACAGUUAGCCGGAUGAGUAUUUUCUUACAAGACUGUUUUUAUGAACUCUCGAGACUUAAUUUUAAUUCUUAUUAAGUCAAUAUUAAUAUUAGGGGUUUCUUUUCAUUUUCAUAGGAUUUUUCAUUAUCAUCUUAGUUUUAAAAUAGAACUAUCUGUGCGUCCAGUUUUCCUAUUUUACAACAUACAGUUUUGAAUAUUUUCGAAUUCACUAUUAAAAUGGUAUCCACAAUAGUUUGUUAUAUACUUUUCUUAGUAAAUAUUAUGUCUCAGUUUGCUCUCGGUGAGCUAAACGAGGAAGAGGAGACUGUGCCAAUAAACCUUGCAUUCAGAAGAGGUGUUUUUUGGAGGAAUGAAGAGAGACAGCGUUUUAAGAUCAAUGCCUUUGGCCAGCUUUUUGUGCUUGACCUGACGCCGGACAGCAAGUUCGUGUCUCCAGCAUUAAGCGUCCAGCGCAUUAAAGCAAAGGAUCUCCCCGCGAUUCUGGACGCCUCCAGGAGCGGAGGUGCUCUCAGGGAUGUCACCCAGUAUGGAGACAGCGGUGCGGACCUCAGAGACUGUUUCUACACAGGAACGGUCAACUCUGAAAAGGAAUCUGUAGUUGCUGUCAGUUUAUGUCACGGCAUCCAGGGUACUUUCAUAACGCAAGGGGACGAGUACUUUAUUCAGCCCAAAGCAAGUGCCAAGACCACCGGGAAAUCUUUUACGCAGGUGCACGUAGUUAAAAGGCGAGUCUUUUCUAACAUCCGGAGAGCCUCAAAUAUGGUCUUUGAUCAAAUGAAAGUGGACCGUUAUGUGAAAGAGAGAAACCUGAACUCUAGUGAAGACGAAGACGGCAAAAUGAGACGCGCAAAAAGAUUUGUGUCAGCUGCGAGAUACAUCGAGACACUGAUAGUGGCCGACGCUUCCAUGACACGUUUCUAUGGAGACGAGAUAAAGCACUACCUCCUGGCAGUGAUGUCCAUGUCAGCGCAGAUCUAUGCACAUCCCAGUCUGAAAAAUGCUGUUAGUCUGGUGGUAGUAAAGAUGGUGGUUGUUGAGGAUGAGGAGGUGGGACCUGAGCUUUCAAGCAAUGGCGGUGUUGCCCUGCGUAACUUCUGCAUGUGGCAACAACUUUUCAACCCAGGCAGCCAGAGGGAUCCUGAGCACUAUGACACUGCCAUCCUGUUCACUAGAGAGGAUAUUUGUGGAUAUAAGGAUUGUGACACUCUGGGUGUAGCUGAUGUUGGCACUAUGUGUGACCCCAAAAGAAGCUGCUCAGUUAUAGAGGACAACGGCCUUCAGGCAGCGUUUACUGUGUCACAUGAACUCGGCCAUGUACUCAGCAUGCCACAUGAUGAUUCUAAAAAUUGUGAGAAAUGGUUUGGACAUCUCAAUGGACAUCAUAUGAUGGCUCCUUUCUUCGUUCACCUCAACAAAACUCUUCCCUGGUCUCCGUGUAGUGCACUAUACAUCACAGAGUUCUUCGACAAUGGCCACGGUGACUGUUUGCUGGAUCCACCAGAGAAGGCCAUCCCUUUACCCACUGAGCUCCCCGGUUACAAGUUUGGUCUACGCCGUCAGUGCCAGCAGGCGUUUGGGGACAAAUACACCCAAUGUCCAAAUGCUCCUGAAGAUCAGGCAUGUGCACAGCUGUGGUGUCAAGAGGAAGGAAAGAUACAGUGCACCACCCGGAAUGGAAGCCUCCCAUGGGCCGACGGUACUCCCUGUGGGGAGGACAGGCGAUGUCGUGAGGGUUUGUGUGUGUCGAGCGCACUGGAAGAGGCGGGAGAGGAGAAGGUGCCAGUCAAUGGUGGGUGGGGAGAGUGGGGCCCUUGGGGGCCAUGUUCACGGACAUGUGGUGGGGGUGUGGAGUUUUCUCACCGUGAGUGCACUGCUCCAGUGCCACAGAACGGGGGAUCGUACUGUGUGGGACAGAGGGUCAAAUACCAGUCCUGCAAUACUCAGACUUGCCCAGAGGACCAUGGAAAAAGCUUCAGAGAGGAGCAGUGUGAGAAGCAUAACAGUGACCGUUACUUGGACAUUCAAGGGAACAUAAAGCAGUGGAUCCCCAAAUAUUCUGGUGUCUCUCCACGAGACCGCUGCAAACUCGUCUGCCGAGCCAAAGGGAGCAAUGAAUUCAAAGUUUUUGAAGCCAAGGUUGUGGAUGGCACCACCUGCGGGCCAGACACCACAUCUAUCUGUGUUCAGGGCCAGUGCAUCAAAGCCGGCUGUGACCAGGUGAUAGGCUCAAAUGAAAAGCUGGAUAAGUGUGGUAUCUGUGGAGGCGACGGUACGAACUGUAGGAAAAUAAGUGGUUCCCUAAACAAAGCUACUAUUGGCUACAUUGAUAUUGUUACCAUCCCGGCUGGGGCUACUAAUAUUGACAUAAAGCAACGCAGCCAUCGAGGCAUCGCACACGACGGUAACUACUUAGCCGUAAAGGCGGAAGGUGGAACCUACAUCCUGAAUGGAAAUUUCUCAGUGUCUAUGGCAGAGCAGGAUAUCCCAGUGCCUGGUGCCAUGCUUCGCUACAGUGGCUCUUCCACCACCUUGGAGCGACUUCUCAGCUUUCAGACACUUCGGGAGCCCAUCACUGUCCAGCUGCUGUCCACUGCUGGGGACACCUCACCGCCUAGGAUCAAGUAUACUUUCUUUUUGCCCAGGGAUGUGCCUUUUAGCAAACCUGGCACAGAAAGCAGGAUUUCGGCACAUGUUAUCUUGCCUUUUGGUGGAGCUGACUGGGUCUUGGGUGAGUGGUCUGAGUGCUCCAAGAGCUGUGGUGCUGGAUGGUCCAGGAGAAGCGUGGAGUGUAGAGAUGGGCAUGGAUCCCUGUCUUACCUCUGCGAUGCUGACCUGCGACCGGCAGACAUCCAGCCCUGUGGGGAUCUGCCCUGUCCCUUGUGGCAAAUGGGGCCAUGGUCAGCAUGCUCACGGACUUGCGGACCCGGAGAGCGCCACCGUACCGUGGUCUGUGUGGACUACAUGGGCAAGGUUCUAGGGCAUGAGAAGUGCAACCCAGAUAAGAGGCCAGAGGUAGUUGUAGGGGAAUGUUUUUACCAGGACUGCUAAAGCUGUCGUUGUGUCCACUUUUAGAGAAUGAGGAGGUGGUGGGAUCUGUUGUGUCUUUAGUGACUGAGAAAGCCCUUCCAAGCUUCAGAAGCAAUCAAAGAAGCUCUUAGGCAUAACAAGGGCGUUUGUUAUGAAUUAUUACCUAUAUCAUGGUUUAAUCUAAUUCUCUGUCUUAUUUUGUUUAAUUUUAUCCACAAAGGUAACCUCCCACGGAGAUCUACCUCAGUCAAUACAAGCUUCAUAAUGUUCACAGUUGUUUAGAGAGAAGUCCUUUGGAAAACACCAAAACCUUUGAACAAACCUGCUGAAAUUCUGUUCAAACAUCUGUCAGAUACCUCCAUAAUGCAGUACAGUUGAAUGAGUCCAAAUUUAAUGAUAUUUCUGAAGGUGGUCACACAAAUUAUUCAAGUCAGAGCACCUUCCUAAAAAAAAAAACGUCCAGGACGGACUUCAUUUUAGUGUCUUCAUACAUGCUAGAUGAAUUGAUUUCACGCAUUUAAUUGCCAGCUUUGUAGCAUUGAUUCUGUUUCAUCUACUACUUUUAAUACUGGCAUUACCCUUGAAGGCUUUCAGAUUUUUCAUAUUACAACACUGGAAGAAACAGUAUUUGGAAGUACAUUCCUUUACUGGCCACACGAUAGCUGUAUUUGAACAAUAUACACAGAGAAUAGCUGUUGGAAUAGAUACAAAUGUGCUAAUUUUACAUUUAAAAUGUUACAUGGUUACGACUGUUAAUUUGGAUGAAUGAUUUUAGUUUGUAAUGAAGAAUCAAAGUGGAAUUGCCUUCUCUCACACACUGUUGUCUACAGCCAUUAGUCAACAAGCUACCCCGGUCUGACAGCAACAGUGUACAGACUGCAAAGAGUGCCUUAAAUUAAUUACUUUUUCUAUUAGCAUCCACUGGUGCACAUUACUUAAAAGGGAUCAGAUAAUAUAACCGAUACUGACAUAUGUGACUUUACAGGAGAAAAUAAUUUAUUGCUAAAUGUUCAUUUAGAACUGGAUAAUUACUGUAUAUUACUGGACACACAUGUGCCCACAAGAUAGUUGCAAUGAUUACUAAAAAAAAAAAAAAAAGAAAGAAAAUACACUAUAUUAUGUUUAUUGACACUGUAUAAAUACAUUUAAAAAUCUAUCACCCUCACACCCAUCAUAAGAAUGAAAAAAAAAUAUAAAUGUGUAUAUAUAUAUAUAUAUAUAUAUUAUUUUUAUAUAUAUAUAUAUAUAUAUAUUUCUUAAUGUAAUGAGACAAAUAUAGGUCAAGAGUUUGUUUUAAUGCAGUAGUACUGAGCAGACAGGCCUGAUAUUUCUGAAAUUUUCCCUUUAGCCAGAAGAACACUGAUAUUUUUCAAUAAGUGCAAGAGCUGUUUCGCAUAUGGUGAAAUGAGAUUAGAUUUGAUAUGUAGUUGCAAAAUUACCUAGCCUAUAAUUUAACGGAAUAGGACCUGUAAAGGAAAAAAAUGAGAGAAAAGAUUUGCAUUCCAUUGAGUCUAAAGUAUGCAAGUUUUUGAAUGGUGCAUAUUUGAAACUAAAGCAUUCUAUCCCUUCAAUGAAGGUCUGCACAAUGCUAUUGUUAUAGCUUCCUUUUACAAGCUAUUUAUUUUUUCUACCUUUAACACCUAAUGUUUUUUUUCCCUUGAUGCUGCUGUCUGUCUUAUACAUGAUUGAUGUAUGAAUUUAAAUCAAUUAAAUAUGUG